AUGGCCUACCUCUACUACCGAAUUGAGACUUUCCCCAUGGACGCCUCUCUGCUGCUGUCUUCUACGGCUCGUCGGUCAGGCAAUCAUUUAAGCACAUCCGCCACGGCUAUGUGUGGUCCGGAAUUCAAAGAAAUUGCGUCCACGUUGGCGCGGCUCUCAGAACUCUCGGAUCGGGUGGAGCAGCUUACCGAGAGCAUAAAAUCCAUGUCUGCGGCUGGAUCCGCCCUUGGAGCCCAAGAAGGUCGCGCUUGA